UUUUUUUUUUUUUUUUUUUUGGAUUUGUCAGCUUUUUAGUUGUUGUUGUUUCUUGAUGUUCCUAUAAUGAAAUUCUUGUUUGCAUGAUUUACUAGCAUCACACUAGUUUCCUGGAGAACAGCGUGGUUCUUUGGAGUUUCCGUCGUGUUCUGCUGAUAUCAUGUUCCUUCUGAUAAAAUAAAAACAACAUCUGGUACCGAAAAACUUUUUUUUUUUUUCCCAUAUACUAUAUGUUUUUCUUAUACUUUUAAAAAUGUAUGUGAUAUCUCAAAUUGAUAGCUAUAUUAGAUUAUAUUAAAACAAACAGUUUUUGCUUUAAUUUAGCCUGCAUUUUAGCUUCCAUUUGAUAAGUAACUUAAAUCCAAACAAUUCAACACCGGAGCAUUUGACGCGAGCGCGCGAGGAAUUCCAUUGACUGCUCAGAUCCACUUUUCUCCCCGGUUCGGACCGUCUUCUGAUUGGUCGAGCCGGUUGAGGUCUGUCAUCGCUCACCAAUUAGAACGCUCGGGGAGGAAGGCCUAUGCAAAUGAGCUCUUGUGGCUGGCGUUCCUGCGCUGCCCAUUGCCAGUAAAAGCGCGUCGCUGCCGGGAGAUUCAUUCACAACGCAUCAUCCUUUCCAUCAGGAGCGGCGUCCUGGAAUUUGGAAGAACACUUUCUCUUUUAAACAGCUCUAUACAGUGUUAAAGAGAUGAAUGCAUGUGUUUUUUAUAGAGUUAAAGACUGAAAGCGAAAGCUGUGGCGUCAGGUGCGCCGUUUGCACGAUGCGCCACUUUACGCACACUUUCUAAAGGAUACGCGAGCGCAAUAUCAUCCUCUCUUAAUGGCACCUGCUGAAAGAACAACAACGUCUCCAUAAACUGUCUCGAGUUCGGUUCAGACUGAACGGCACGGGUUGCACCUCACCAAACGGAUAAUAAGACGCGCAAACUUUCCACCCCGCGCUUGAGCUCGUACCCUUGAUCCCGCUGAUCAGCUGCUCGUCUGGAGCCCUGGAUCCUGAUCUUGAUCCUGACUGAGAGGGUGUUCAAAAGAUACCAAAUGGUUUUUCUUUGGGACGCCAAAUACGAACCUGCGCCUGGGCGACGCUUCACGCCUCCCUCGACCACCCUGAGCUCGGGGAAGAUGAAUGAGGGGUUGCCCCUGGGGGCUCAGGAGAGCAGCGGCGCCGCCCUGAUGGGCAAACUGCGUAUGGCUGACCGGAACAUGGUGGAGGUGCUUUCCGACCACCCAGGAGAGCUGGUGCGCACCGACAGCCCCAACUUCCUCUGCUCCGUCCUGCCAACACACUGGCGCUGCAACAAGACGCUGCCCAUCGCCUUCAAGGUGGUUGCCCUCGGUGACAUCCCAGAUGGCACUCUGGUCACAGUGAUGGCCGGCAAUGAUGAGAAUUACUCUGCCGAACUCCGCAAUGCCACAGCUGCCAUCAAGAAUCAAGUGGCUCGUUUUAAUGACCUGCGUUUCGUUGGCCGCAGCGGACGAGGCAAGAGUUUCACCCUCACCAUCACCGUCUUCACAAACCCUCCUCAGGUGGCCACGUAUCAGAGAGCCAUAAAGAUCACUGUGGACGGACCCCGAGAACCACGACGCCACCGACAGAAGCCGGAUGAAGCAGUAAAGCCAGGCGCGUUAGCUUUCUCUGAACAAUUGCGGCGAAGUGCCAUGCGGUGCAGUCCACACCAUGGCCCCGCCCCCAACCCCCGCCCCGCCCUCAACACGCCCCCCUUCAGCAGCUCCGCCCACAGCCAGAUUUCCGACUCUAGGCAGAUGCAGACGUCUCCGUCCUGGUCGUAUGAGCAGUCGUACCCUUACCUGGGUCCCAUCUCCACCCCAGCGGUUCACCCCAGCACACCCAUCUCUCCCAGCCGCAGCGCUAUACACUGUCCAGAUCUGACGGCGUUCACUGACCCUCGCAUGAGUCUGGAGCGUUCCUUCCCGUCGCUGCCCUCGCUCCCAGACGGCCGUUUCUCGGACCCGCGGGUGCCGUACCCCACCGGAGCGUUCACAUACACACCCACGCCCGUCACCAGCGCCAUCGGCAUCGGCAUGUCGGCCAUGAGCAGCCCGGCAGGCCGCUAUCACACGUACUUACCCCCGGCGUACCCCGCGGGCUCCUCGCAGGCUCAGGCCGGCCACUUCCAGCCCGGCUCGUCCCCGUAUCACCUGUACUACAGCAGCGCCGCCGGAUCCUACCAGUUCUCCAUGAUGCCGGCCGGAGGAGGAGGAGGAGGAGAGCGCUCGCCCCCCCGCAUCUUACCGCCCUGCACCAACGCCUCCACAGGCUCCGCCCUCCUGCACCCCUCGCUGCCCAAUCAGAGCGAGGUCCUGGUGGAGGCCGAGGGAAGCCACAGCAGUUCACCGACCAGCCUCUCGGUGGAAGCCGUCUGGAGGCCGUAUUGAUGCUCGCUUGACCAAGGAGGCAGGGCCGGAUUUACACUUGCUCGUCCAGGGAGCCCCAAACACAACGAUGAGAUACAUCUCUGUUUUUAUUAUACGAUGAGCAGUAUCUACAACAGUAAAAGAACCAAAACCUCAGAAGACGAAUGUGAAUCAGUCCACAAAAAACAGUCAUAAUUUUGAAAUAGAGAUUUUUGCAUUAUUUGAAAGAUGAAUAAAUAAUGAUUUUUGGCAUAAACAGGAAAAUCUAUGAUUUUGACCCAUACAAUGUAUUUUUGGCUAUACCUGUGCUACUUAUGAAUGCUAUUGUGCACAUACAGUAUGUGACGCUGGAGUACAAAUCCAGUCUCUGGGGGUGUAUUUGUAGCAAUAGCCGAAAAUACAUUGUAUGGGUCAAAAUUAUAGAUUUUCCUUUUACGCAAAAAUCAUUAGGAUAUUAAGUAAAGAUCAUUUCCCGUGAAGAUAUUUUGUAAAUCUCCUACUGUUAAUAUAUCAAAACUUAAUUUUUGAUUAGUAAUAUGCAUUGCUAAAAUUAAUUUUAACAUCUUUAAAGGUGUUCUUCUUGAUAUUUCGAUAUUUUUCCCCCCUCAGAUUCCUGAUUUUCAAAUAGUUGUAUCUCAGACAAACAUCAUCCUAUCCUGACAAACCACACAUCAAUGCAAAGCUUAUUAUUCAGCUUUCAGAUGAUGUAUUAAUCUCAGUUUUGAAAAAGUUGACACUUAAGACUGGUUUUGUGCUCCAGGGUCACAUAUAACAAAUAAUAGGCUAAAAACUGACAAACUAUUUCCAUGUUUUCCACCUUUUUUAUGUACGGAAAUCACGGCGUCACAGUACAGACACGCAUUCGCUCUCACAAGCAGAGAUCAGUGAAUAGAAAAUUAUUAUCAGCGAUGCCCCGUUUAUGAAUAAAUUAGUUUACAUGACAUUUCUCAGUAGUAAAGUUCUUGAAGCAGUUAAACUUACACAUUCACUAUUAGUAGUAGAGACAUCAGUGCAUAGCAAUGGCAAAAUAUUUUAGUUCGCUGGGGUGAUAUUAUUAUAUUAAUAGGGAAAAUGUGAUUUGCCUAUGUCACCAUAAGAGGUAAAUCCGGCCCUGGGCGUCUGAUUGGACUCGACAGAUGGACUUUUUUUAUUCACAGCGCAGCAUGAGACUCGUAUGUUUUUUAAAGUUGUGGAUAAUUUGUAUUGUUAUUAUUAAUAUUAUUGUUAUUGUUAUUAUUAUUAUUACUGUUGUCUGUCUUGUUGUCACUGUACAACUUUGUUCAUCAGUGCCAGAUAUGUUUAAUGUAAAAAAAAAAAAAAAACCUCAAGGCCGGAAACAGACUUUAUGCAAGUUCUCAAACGCAAGCAAAUUAACACAAUUUUAGUGUUCAUAAAUGCAUGUAAAAAUAACAGUUCCACCAAACAAAAAUAAAAUAUAUUUGCAACUAUCUAGACUUUGCAUAAAUAUGGUAUUAUAAAAUGAAACAUUAAUAAUGCAUUUUAUGUUUUUUAUUAUACCCUGAUUACUUAUUGCUAUCUUUCUUGCUUUUGUUUAUUCUGAUGAUAAUUCAAUAAUUAAAUAUUUAGAUACAUUUUGCUUCAUAAAAUAAUUAACAUCAAAAAGGCAACAGUUGCAAAUUAACAUUGCAUAAAUAUAAUGCCAUAUCCCAUGAAUUUAAAUAAUUAAUAAAAUAUCUGUAAUGCAUUUUAUGUUUAGUUAAAUACGAUUUACUCUAACGUCCGUCUACAAUUUUGUGCAUUCUGACACAUUACUGAAUGUAACGAUGCAUGACAAAUUGAUCUUGUUUGUGUUGAACUUGUGUAGAGUCUGUUUCAGGUCUAAUACUUUUAAACUGAUCCACAAUGAAGAAUCCAAAUGCGAUCCGUUCACGAUUGAAUAGUGUGAAUGUGUCGACAGAUGCUCAGUGAGUUUCACUGUAGUUGAAGCGAAGAAAGCGAAGCCUCGCUCUUAAGAGCUUCAGCAGACUUCUGACUCUUUACAUUUCCAGGUUUACGAGACUUCGCCCGGUCACUGCCUUUCACGGUCAUUCUCUCCGCUAGAUUCACAGCCAAUUCAAGCUUUCUGACUGAUGCACUCGUGUCACGCUUUGCUGGAUGGGAGAUGGAAGAAUCAUGGACCUGAUUUUUGUGUAAAUAGAUUGUAAAAGACUCACACACUCGACACGGUUCUCAACUUCCACAAACCUUUUGAAAUGCAGCUUCAUUUUUUCCUUUUGUCAACAUUUCUUUGUUGUGAAGAAACUGCUUAUUUCUAAA